CUUUGACAUCUUAUGACGGGUUGUUUUGAAAACGAGUCCAGAUUUCUCUUAUUGAAGGGGAAGUUCUUGUAAUCAGAAACCAUCAGUCAUGGGCAUGUGAGGAGUGCUCUGAACUUUUAGCCUCAUUUUAACAUCCAUUUCACAUGUUUGUUUCGACACUGGAACGGUAGAUGGAUUCGUCUUUAGAGAGCUCCACUUCAUCGAACGGUAACCCGGUGCGCUGCCGGUGUCGUACCUGUAAGAUCAUUGUGAUUGGAGAUGCCGGUGUCGGUAAGACUUGUUUGACUCACCGCUUCUGCACCGGACAAUUUCCCAGCAGAACGGAGGCUACAAUCGGGGUGGAUUUUCGUGAGAAACUUCUUGAUUUAGAAGGCGAGAAAAUUAAAGUACAGCUGUGGGACACGGCUGGUCAGGAGCGUUUUCGUAAAAGCAUGGUGCAGCACUACUAUCGCAAUGUGCACGGAAUUGUUUUUGUCUUCGAUGUCACUAACUCCACUAGUUUCUGCAAUCUUCCCAUGUGGAUGGACGAAUGCCGUCAGCACUCUCUUGGUCUGGAUAUACCCCGUGCUCUCGUUUGCAACAAGACCGAUCUGGUUACUUCGCCGACUGCUUCUGUGUUAAUCGAUCAGGCUCGACAUUUGGCUGAAGUCCACGGAAUGUCUUUUUAUAUUACUUCAGCCAAAGGUCGCAAAGGGGACCUGGUGGACAGCAUCUUUGUGACAUUGGCACAGAGGUUGAAGAGCCAGAGAAGGGAGAGUGUGAAUGAAUUGGUGUUACAGUGCAGAUCUGAGAGCUUCAAUAUCCCAGCAAAAGUGAUAACAGCACAGGAGAACAAGAAGAAAUGGACUUGCAUCUGCUGACAGAUGAAUGAACAUAAGAGUUAUGUGCUUAAUUCAGUAUGUCCACUAAAUAGGCACAUAAACAGCAGUAUGAACUUUGAGAAUAACAGAUCAAUGGUCUUGUGUCAGUGUGUGAUGGCAUGAAGGCUGGUUUAAAUGCCAAUUGCAGUUUUGAUUUUUAUAGUCAUCUGACUCUCAUGGUUUGGUAGACAAGGUCAAGGUUACUUCACACAACAUUAUCUGUAUGAAGCAAUGCCUCAUAAUGAAACAAACAGCAAGAAUGUGAGAUUUGAUUUGAUUUCCAGUUUCUUUGGGGGCUUUACUUGCUGUUGAUUUUGAUCCUUAAACUUUUAGCAGACAACAGCAAGAGCAACUUCUUGUCAAGAAUAAUGUUGGACAUUAAUUGAGGUUGAUAGUUAUCAGUUUGCUCCAAAAUAACUUGUGUAGAUGUCCAAUUUUCAACCACUUUCAACCCCUUUGCUUUAUCCUGGAGUUAUGAGACUAAAGUGAACCUUUUUCCUGACAGCUGAACCUUUUUCUCUUUGUGCUGGGUCAAAGCUAUAGUGACUAACCACAUCCACAUCCAUGUAACCCAAUUUAAAUAUACUGUAUAUACAGGUAGCAAAUUGUUUGUAUGA